AUGUCCAGUGGACCACAUGUAAGAGUCAUAUGCGGCAUCUUUGGCAUCAUGGACUUAGAAAUCGAGACGAAGAUAAUGAAGAGGAUUCACUGUCUUCCGGCAACUGAGACUUGGGAUCCGAACCAUAUCCGAACGACCUCAGGCCCUGUGAUCUUCGCCAGUCUUGAUCCCAGAGCUCCAAUAGUCAACGCGUAUGAAGUGGUUCGUCUUCGCACGCGGUUUUCUGUAUUGGUGAUAUUCUUCGUGUGGACACUCACGCUGGCGAACUCCGGCAACUUCUCCCGUGCGUUCUUAUAUAUAGCCUGGUCAGUCCCAAGAAGACACCAUUCACUCUUAUCUAAGACACGUGGAAAAACGGUGUGCAUAACCUUCAGCUCGUCCUGCUAUAACCCCUGCAAUAUGUCUCAUUCUUGGAUAGUAUCAGCCGUCCUCCUGGUGGCGCUCUUGGUCGCCGUCAGUGGCCAGAGAAGACCCGCUCCGAGUUUCCCGUCAAGAACUGAGCUCGAAUUGGCCGUGAAUAACCCCAGCACCGUCCGUAAGGCUCUAGUUUGCAUCCGAGGCUAUGCCUGCAAGCUCCCAUACGGGCAAGUAUUGAGACAGGCAGGCCCUGAGCUCAUCAUGACUGGAAGGUGCCCUGUCCACGUGUGCAAGAACAGGAGGCAACAGGAGCUGGCCAAAUGGAUGAUCCUCAAGAUCCAGGAAAAGUACCCGGAACUCUUCUACAACGCCGUGCACGACUUGAGCAGACGGGGUUGAUUUCAGUAUAGGGAAUUAUUUUUAAGAAGAACAUUAAACUGCAAUAGUACACAUACGUCGCGACAAAGGUAUCACAGAAGCUGACGGAAGUGGCCCAAAGUCCUCAGGGAUAUGCAGUCAAGAAUUUCACCACUUUGUCCGAUAUCCGAGACAACCAUCAUUAAGAAUUCAUUAUUAAAGAUAAUCAUCACAUAAAAAACUGCUAAGGGUCAGAUUACAAUUCAAUAUUACAAUGAAUAGUUCUAAGUUUCCUAGUGUGGCGUUUGACUAAAUCAUAUUAUUGUCGUACAAAGAAUGUAAUAUUUAUUUUGUGUACAUUUGCCCUGUAUUUUAUUUGAAUAAAAAAAUGUGUUGAUAA